ACAUAGGGAUAUUUAGUUUAAAGAACCGCGUGUUACGUUUAUUAGAUUUGUUUACAAAAUUGCAAGACAUGAAUAUUACAAAAAUGUUGUAACUGCCGUUACUCUUGCUUGUAUGAUAUGAGCUAUUCGUGAUAGUGCCAAAUAAAAUGAAUCGCAUUCUGAAAUCAGGAAUAAAAUAUAUAAAAGCCAAUUAUCAUUCAUCAGUAGGUGUUUAUGGAUUUCGGCCGCGAAAGUUAAUUACCUUAAAUGAUGGAAUUCCACAGAAAAGUAAAAAGUAUUUUGAUAAAGUAUAUCAAAUUCAUGAAGCUUUCAGAAACCACGGUCACAGGAUUGCUUGUCUGAAUCCUCUCUCAGUUUCUAAUAAUUUGUACAUUCCUCAACUUGAUCCUGAAAAUUAUAAUUUUGACAUUAAUAGUUCAGAUACAUUUCACCUGAAUGGAAACAUUUACUGCCAUGAUUCUGAAGCUUCUGUAGGAAACAUAACUGAUUAUUUGAAAAAAAUUUAUUGUGAUAAAAUAGGUGUUGAAAUUCAGUACCUAGAAGAAAAUGAAAAGGACUGGUUUUCUAGAGAAUUUGAGAAAAUUCAAGUUGAUACAAAUUUAUCAGAAUCUGAACAGAAAGACAUUGCAAAAGAAUUAAUCAAGUCACAAGUUUUUGAUAAUUUCCUAGCGACAAAAUUUUCUUCCGUGAAGAGAUAUGGUGGAGAAGGGGCUGAAAGCAUGAUGGUCUUUUUUAUGGAAAUUUUCAAGCAGGCUUGUUUGUCUGACUUGAAGUAUAUAAUGAUUGGAAUCCCUCACAGAGGUCGACUGAAUCUGUUAACAGGGCUGUUAAAUUUUCCUCCAGUUGCAAUGUUUCAAAAGUUCUUUAUGUUCCAGAUGAUGGGCUUUCCUGAAUUUUCUAACGAUAUAAAUGCCACUGGUGAUGUACUGUCACAUUUAACAAGCUCUAUAGAUUACAAAUUCAAAGAUGGCUCAGUACAUAUUACUUUGCUUCCCAAUCCAUCUCAUUUAGAGGCAGUUUCUCCUGUUGUUGUUGGAUAUGCUCGCAGUCGCCUUCAAAGCUUAAAACUUGCUGAUUACAGUGAUACUUCAGAGGAACCAAUUUCGUACCCAGUGUUGCCCAUACAAGUUCAUGGUGAUGCAUCUUUUACAGGCCAGGGUGUUGUAAUGGAAACCAUUGCUAUGUCAAAUGUUGCUCACUUCUCUGUUGGUGGUUCUGUUCAUCUAAUUGUAAAUAAUCAGAUAGGAUUUACUACUCCACAAGAAAGAGGAAGGUCAUCUACCUAUUGCAGUGAUUUAAUGAAAACUAUAAAUGCACCAGUUAUUCAUGUCAAUGGAGAUUUCCCUGAGGAAGUUCUUAAGGCAGCUAAGCUUGCAUUUAAUUACCGACAGAAAUUUCACAAAGAUGUCAUGGUAGAUAUGUUAUGCUUCAGACGCUGGGGCCACAACGAACUGGAUGAUCCAACUUUCACUAAUCCUAUAAUGUAUAAAGUUAUACAUUCACGCAAAAGUGUUCCUGAUAUGUAUUCUGAAAGACUAAUAGCUGAUGGAAUUUUGAAUAAAGAUGAUGUGAAUGAGAUGAUUUCAAAUCACCAUUCUGUCCUUAAUGAAAAUUUAAAGCUCACCGAGACAUACAAAAAUGAGGCAACUGGUUUGCAAAAUAUUACAAAUAGCGAUAGAGUAUUAAAAAAAAUGAUUUCUACCUGGAAUACUGGUAUCUCAGAAGAUCUUCUGAAAUUUAUUGGUGCAAAAUCUGUCCAGCUUCCUGAAAACUUUGUGAGUUAUUUUAUUGCAUUAGAAAUUUUAAUGACAUAAUUUAAUUCUAAUUCA